AUGGCAGAAGAGAAAAAGAAAGACUCUAGUGCACUACUAGCGAAAAAGAAGAAAGUAAAACCAAGAAAGUCGAGAGAUGCAGACUGCUGUAGUGUGAACUUCUUAAAGUGUGUUCUACAUAUAUUCAACAUUAUAUUUUUGUUUGCAGGAGCCGGUGUUUUGAUGGUGGGUGCGUGGACAGUAGCAACUAGGCAUAGAUUCGUACCGUUGUUACCGACGCUUACCUACCCUGCCAUCACGUACUUGCUCGUAAUAGCGGGCGCUUUAGGCGUCCCGCUUAGCGCCCUCGGCUGUUGCGGCCUCAAGACUGAAAAUAGAACCAGUUUAUUGUGUUACACAUAUUUUCUACUGAUCACGUUCAUUUUGGAGGCGGGUGCGGGAAGCCUCGCGUACUACUACGAAGUGGCUGUAGAAGAAGAGCUACGUUUAGAACUCAAUAACACUUUCAUAACCAACUACGCGUUGGACACCGUCAUCACUAACGCCGUAGAUAGUAUGCAGACGGAGUUCAAGUGCUGCGGCGUGUCCCGCUACGACGAGUGGCGCAAGAGCGCGUGGCACGAGCACGACCCGCGCCUGCUCGUGCCCGACUCCUGCUGCCGCAGCGUGACGCCGCGCUGCGGCGCGCGCGACCACCCCUCCAACAUAUACUACCAUGGUUGCAUGCGACAGUUUACCAACCACAUACGAGACAACUUAAUCAUAUUAGCCGCAGUGGGUGUCGGUAUGCCUAAACCUGCACCCCAAAAUAAGUGCAAGGUUUUCGAUAAAUCUGCUUCAGCAAAUGACUUAACAAAGGCGGUAGCUAGACACCCCCAAAGAGCGCCAAAGAUAGCUAAAAGAACACACUCGAAACGAAGCGUUAAAAGACCACCGUGCCCUUUACAUUCGAAUCCGGAUAAAGAAGAAAAAAUACCCAUAUCCACUAUUAGCGAUAAUGUCAGUAUA